AUGUCAUGUGAUGACAAUGCUGAACAACAAACCUUAGAUGAUACGUCUACACUUUAUCAGUUGAAAAACGAUACAUAUUCAGUACAGGCAGAAGAAGAUCCUGUUUCAGUGCACGCUAAAAAUGUUACACUGAAUGAUGCUAGAAUAGGUGAAAAUGCAUAUAACACGUUUUGUCCAGAAACUGAGCCAAUUGAUAUUCACGAUUUAAGUGAGAAACUCAACACCCGCAACAUAAUUCUUUCAGAUUUAUUGAUAACUGAUCAGAAUGUAAACACUUGGACGGGGAUUCCAUCUUUAGCUAUCUUACAAGAAUUGUGCUAUUCCGUCAAGCAGUUGGAGACAGUAUAUCCGAACAAAUUCUCGAUGCAUUGCACUGAUCGAUUAAUUUUGACUAUGACAAAAAUCAAACAAAAUUUAUCGUUUGCAGCCUUAAGCACGCUUUUUCGUAUUCAUUCAGCCACUGUAGCAACAUAUUUUUGUCAUACUGUGCAUAUGUUGGGCCAAAUCCUCGCAACAUUUAUUUAUAUGCCGGAAAAGAGUGAAAUCAAGAAUAAUAUACCAAUCUGCUUCAGAGAAAGCUUUCAAAAUAUAACUAUUAUACUAGAUUGCACAGAAGUUCCGAUAGCAACUCUCAAAUACCUCAAUUGUAGAAUUACAACCUAUUCACCAUAUAAAUCUACGAGAACAUCUAAGUUUUUAGUAGGAGUUACUCCAGCGGGUCUCAUUUCAUAUACGAGUAAGGCAUAUUCCGGUAAAGCAUCCGACAAGUUUAUCUUUAACCAUGGAAAGUUAAUAGAUGAUCUGAAGCCACAUAUAGAUGAAGUGAUGACUGACAAAGGGGCACUUGAUUUCAACGACCAACCGAUUCAUUGGAUCGACACCAUCAGGCGACGAUGCAAACCAGCAUUCACCUGGUUUAACAACUAUUCCGCACUUUUUUACCAGUGA